AUGUCUUUUGAAAAGCACUAUGUUCUCUCAAAGUAUUUAAACAGAGAAAGUAACACUAAAAUCACAUUCAUGGGAAACUGGCUUGAUAAGAUCUUUGGGAAGAAGGAUGCAAGAAUUCUGAUGAUCGGACUAGACGCUGCAGGGAAGACUUCCAUUCUCUACAAACUUCGCCUUGGCGAAAUAGUGACAACUAUUCCUACAAUUGGCUUUAACGCAGAAACUGUUGACUAUAAGAACCUUCACUUUAAUAUCUGGGAUAUCGGUGGACAAGACAAAUUGAGACCAUUGUGGAGUUAUUACUACGCAGGAUCAAAUGCUAUCAUCUAUGUGUUAGACUCAAACGAUAGAGAGCGUCUUGGUGAAGCAAAGAGCGUUCUUGACAACGUCCUCCAAGCUGAUGAACUGAAAGGAGCUCCUUUGUUGAUUUUUGCCAACAAGCAUGAUUUACCACAAGCAAUGACUGUCUCUGAUAUUGUGAGUGGUCUUGGUCUCCAGAACGUCAAGGGAAGAGAGUGGUUCUGCCAAACUUCAUGCGCCACAAAUGGAGAUGGACUUUAUGAAGGAUUAGACUGGCUUUCGUCUAAACUUAAGUGA